CCUGUAACAAGCACCCCGGAAAACACAAAAAAACAGAGCAACCAUGACAGGUUUACAAGUCACGAGCUGUGACUGGCAUUAUGCGGCUAACAAGAAAGUCCACCAUACCAAUAUGUACGACAGCAACGAUUUGAUCCUACGGCGAGGCCAACCUUUUCUUCUAACCCUGACUUUCAGUAGAGCCCUGCAGCAAGGCGAGAACAUCCUGUUCACCACUGAGACAGGUCCAUCCCCUUCAGAGGAAUCAAAAACAAAAACUGUUUUCCCAUUGUUUAGAGGUCAAGGAAAGGAUACAUGGAGUGCCGUCAUGACAUCAACUACUUCAAAUUCUUUAACUGUGACUAUAAACAGCUCCUCGAAUUCUGUUAUUGGACAUUACAUCCUGAGUGUAUGUGUAUUUAGUAGCAAUACCGAUAAUGUGACUCCUCAGGCUAUUGGUGGACUAUUUCUUAUCUUCAAUCCAUGGAUCCAAGAUGAUGAUGUCUUUAAAGCUGAGGAGGAUGAGCGACAGGAAUAUGUUCUUAAUGAAUAUGGAAUUAUAUUUUUUGGAAGCGAAUUUGAGAUAUUGCCAAGGAACUGGGAAUACAAUCAGUUUGAUAAACAUAUGCUUGAUAUCUGCUUUGCCAUUUUGGAUCGAAGUGUAAAUCAUCUAAAGGACCCAAUAUCAGAUGUCUCACAAAGAAAUGACCCACUUUAUGUGUGUAGAAUGCUGAACGCCACAGUGAAUAGUAAAGAUGAGAAUGGUGUCCUUACGGAGAAUUGGAGUGGGAACUAUGAUGAUGGGGUUAACCCAGUCACAUGGAAUGGCAGUGCUCCCAUCUUGAAAGAAUGGUACUUUAGCGGAUUUAAACCUUCAAAAUAUGGACAGUGUUGGGUUUAUGGAGGUGUACUCUGCACAGUGUUACGGUGCUUGGGUAUUCCUACAAGAGUCAUUUCAAACUUCAAUUCAGCUCAAGAUCGAGAUAAAAAUAUUUUCCUUGAGUUACAUUACAACAAUCAUGGAGUCCAGGACACUCAGAAGGAUCUGAUGUGGAAUUUCCAUGUUUGGAAUGAAGCCUGGUUCAAACGCAAAGAUCUAGGACCCUCUUAUGAUGGUUGGCAAAUCAUGGACUCAACUCCACUGGAAAAGAGCAAUGGUAUCUAUUGUUGUGGCCCUGCUCCCCUUCAUGCUAUUAAAGAAGGAGAAACCAAUCUGAACUAUGAUGUUGCGUUUAUGUUUGCCUCUGUAAAUGCUGAUCUUUCUUAUUGGAUCACCUACAGUGAUGGAUCUAAGAAAAGAACUUCUAAUGACACCAAGUCAAUUGGCAAAUUUCUUAGUACUAAGGCUGUUGGAAGUGAUGAUCGUGUGGAUGUAACCUACAUGUAUAAAUACCUUGAAGGCACUAAAGAAGAAAGAGAAGUAUUUGAGAAGGCAGUUUACAGUUUGCACAAUGGUCCAUUGGAUGAGCUUGAAAAGGACCUUCUAAAUUUUAGAAACAGAGGUAGAGAUAUGCAGAGGCGUGGAGGCACACUGUUUGGACGUUUGACAGUAAUGGAUACUGCUGUUGGCCAGGACAUAAACCUUAUAUUGAGUCUGAAAAACCUGAGAGAUAACAGUGCUAGAGUAACAGUCAACAUGACCGCUUCCUGUAUUUUGUACACUGGAAGGCCUAGAUAUAACAUCUGGACAGAUGAAAAAUCGGUUCUCUUGGGUCCUCUACAAGAAAUACAUAUUUCAAUCCCAAUAACAUAUGCACAGUAUGGAAAGUAUAUGCGAGAUGACAGCGUGUUCCGUAUGACAGCUUUAUGUGAGGUGGAUGGAUCAGAAGAAAUAAUUUUGGUGGAGAGAGAUGUCAUUUUAGCAAAGCUGCCAAUGAGUAUCAAGCUCCCUGUUCAAGCUGUUAUAAAUUCAACAAUCCUUGCAGAAGUUGAUAUCUCCAACACAUUUUCAGAAACACUGAAUUCUUGCUCAUUAAUAGUGGAAGGAAAUGGCCUGGUUAACGCACCGACCCAGAAAAACCUUCCACCACUGAUGCCCGGAGAACGAUAUCAAACAAGUUUUGAGAUCAAACCUUUCAAAGGUGGAUUAAGAACACUUCUAGUGACUUUUACCUCUGAUAUAAUAAAGAAUGUGAAGGAAUCACAGAAAGUCAUGAUUACUGGCUCUAACUGAUGGAAUACAUACAGAGCAGAAGGCUUGUUCAUUUUAUGAGUCACUAUCGUUGAGAUUAACAAUAAACAUUUGAGAUUCUGUUCUGUCAAUAUUAAUAAACUAAUCAUUAUUUUGGACCAUGGUGAAAUGUGACACAGUGAGAUCCAGCUGUGUGUGUGUGUGUGUGUGUAAUCACCUGUGUGUCUGUGUUCUACAGAAAUAUUUAAAUGGACCUGUAAUCAUUAUAUUUUUUGUCAUUAAAUGCCUAUAAACUGUAAA